AUGGCGGGGCUAAUGCGGCAGUUCAUCUGCUACGAUAACCAGUGUUGGGAAAUGCAAGUUGAUGCUACACCCAAUCACACAGUGAAUCUGGCCCAGAGCACACCGAUCUUUAGCACUGGGGAUUUCCCUGCACUUCCAACAGUCGAGGACCAAAAUGGUUUCAAUAAGGGUAAUGUGGAUGUACUUGGCAUGUUCAAUGUGCGCGGCUCAUCCGAAAUGCCUACUGGAGCUGGUCAUUUUGUUUCAGCUGUUUGCAAAUUUGCGUCACAGAAUUCUGGCCAGUGGAAGUUUAAAAAAGGUCCUGAAUAUGGUAAUGGUGUUUCAGCUCUUUCUGUACCCAAACAGUACAGUUCUGGCACUAAACAAUCAUCUGGGAACAAGUUUCAAAGCAUCAGCAGUGCAAGAGUUGCUCCAUGGCUUCAGACCAGAGAUGCAGUGGCAAGUAUGUACUCAGAAUCAAGGAAAGAAGCCCGUGAUUUUGCUAGGGUUCGAAAUGCGUGUUUUGAGCAGGCUAGACAGGCUUACUUGGUUGGCAACAAGGCUGUUGCGAAGGAAUUGAGCAUGAAGGGGCAGACAUACAAUGUGCAAAUGAAAGCAGCUCAUGAGAAAGCUAGAGAAGCUAUUUACCGGCAAAGGAAUCUUGUUUCUUCGCAACGUGGGGGUGACCGCCUGAUUGAUUUACAUGGCUUGCAUGUGAACGAAGCAAUCCACAUCCUGAAGGGUGAGCUCACUGCCUUGAAGAGCACAGCGAGGGCAGUAGGGAAGAGGAUGCAAGUCAUGGUUUGCGUUGGAACAGGCCACCACACUAGGGGCUCUCGCACUGCGAGGUUGCCUCUCGUUGUGGAGCAGUUCCUCCAAGAUGAAGGCCUCCAGUACACGCAGCCUCAUCCGGGUCUGCUCCAAGUGAUGCUGUACUAA